AUGGUUGUGGACAAACGAGACGAGGCCGCACCGACGCUGACUUUUGACCAGCACCGCGAGGAGAGCGCUGUCGAAUGCCACGGUAUCAGCAAGCCAAAACGCUGAGUAAUUACCACGCCAGUAGUUAACACCAGUGACGAAAUUACGGCAAUUAACGACUCGGGCAUGGACGGGCGAGCAAUCAUCGCACCAAUUACGACCACCGGCGAUGAAUGCGAGCGAUGCCAAUUGUGAUAUGUAUGUCUCGGCAUGACAACUUCAUCUUGUAAAUACUGCGUCCCUUUUGUGUCCAUCAGCCCUCACCUGCGACUGUCUCGGAUGAUGAAUUCGAAUCAGAAUCCAUCAAUCACCUCUCAUUCUCCCAUAAGGGGUCUCAUAUCUCAUGAAAAAUUAGUAUAGACAAGGUGAAAGUGUAAUUCUGCAUAAGAGUGGGUCCACCCAAUGUUGAUGAACGCAUUGAUCUGUUCUUUUAGCAUUUAUGUAACUUACAUUGAGGGGGAGGACGUUCGAAACUAAGACCAGUUAGAAAUAUUUCGACAGUUAUUUGAUUUUCGCUGAUUUAUCACGGGUACUGUGUGGAUUCUGACGUAAUCACUGUCUUCUCCAUUGAGGUCAGACAUGCACACAUUUCGCCAACGCUAAAAUUUAAUGCUUUCUGCCUUGUCAAUUAAGAAGCAGUUUUCUUGUAGAUUUCGGUACACCCUUCAUAAACGUUCCACGGAAUCCUCAUUAUUUCGUUUAAGACGAAGAAUGAAGAUAAUAUCAACCGAAAAAUCGAAGACGCGGGGAGGGGAAUGUGGACUGUCACUAAUACUAAACUUUUUGGAAGUAAUAAUUGAGAUGAUUUGCUUAGACAGCCGAGAGGUAGUUUCUUCGUAAGUUUAGGUUCAGUUUUCACCGUCGUUCCACAUCAUCAUCAUCAUCAUCAUCAUCAUCAUCAUCAUCGUCGUCGUCGUCGUCGUCGUCCCCAUCAUCAACUCUAUCAUUUCAUUUAGGACAAAUGAUGAUGAUUAGACGAACGGAAAACAAAAGACGGCGGGAGAAGAAGAAAUCAUUGUAACAGCAUGACAAGUUGAAGUAGUAGUAGUAGUAGUAGUAGUAGUGGUGGUAGUAGUAGUAGUAGUAGUGGUAGUAGUAGUAGUGGUAGUAGUAGUAGUGGUAGUAGUAGUAGUAGUAGUAGUAGUAGUAGUAGUAGUAGUAGUAGUGGUAGUAGUAGUACUAGUAGUAGUAGUGGUAGUAGUAGUAGUGGUAGUAGUAGUACUAGUAGUAGUAGUGGUAGUAGUAGUAGUAGAAGAAGAAGAAGAGGAGGAGGAGGAGGAGGAGGAGGAGGAGGAGGAGAGAAGGGAGGAGAGUCAGGAGGGUGCCGAGGAUGAUGGGGAGGGGUACAGCUCUAUGUAAAGUGACCAUGCACUGCAGAGAACGCUCUAUUGCGACGACGAUGAUCACUGUUUAAACUAAACUGGUCGCCCGGUCGGGUCUGGUCACAUUUGGGAAUCAAACGUGAUGACAUUCGAGUCACGUGUAUUGGUCCCCAAGGUACAUGAACCCUGGGCUGUCAGCAAUUUGGGUUAUGCACUCACAAAUAUCAUUGUGUGGUUGCUGUUUCUUGCGUAGGAUCUACCUCUCCACGUGUUGUGGAAGUCUUCAAAACUAUCUUACCUGCCAAAGACGCACCAACCUCCAAGGAUUAUAGGUCAGUCCAACGCCUCUUUGCGGUCUAACGCUUUGUGCGCAGAUCUACGGGCUCUUUGUUCGUCACUGCAUUUCGUGACUACAGUGAGCGAUGGUGGUGAUCUACGUGGGGCUCAGAAGAUGGCCGAUCGUCCAUUGGCAUGCUACCCACGAGGUCGGUUUGCGUAAGUUGACGAAUCACACAUCCAGGAGCUCACCAGCGCGUGGACCGUCUGAACAGGGAGGAUGGUUAUUCCCGGCUAGCUCGUAAGUAAAACAGUAGUCUUGUGUACAUUGUAAAAAAUGGGCGGAAGGGAUCGGAUAUACGCCCCCUCCCCAAACUAUGGAGUGAGGCUGUCGAGAUUGGUCGAGAACAGGAAGCUUCACAAAGCACAAGUCAAGGAUGACGGAUUCAGUUGGAAAAGCUGUACCGGGGCUAGAGAGAGUACAAGAGACUCAGCAACUAGCUUAAUCUAGUCGGUUAACCAGGCAGGUGACAGCCAUUGAGAUUAUUAACCGCCCAGCACGUUCAUUUGGGUCUUGGCCGCCUUCAGCCAAUCAGCGCAUAGCUCAGCAUCGAUUGGCUCGGAGCUGUCGCAACGCUAGGGUCAAACCCUGAGCGCAGUUCGAACGGUCUAUCGACAGGGGACGCGAGGCCGACAGAAAGGCUACGAGAUUAAACGGCCGCGCCGGGGAUCACGAGGGUAGACUGUCACAAGGUCACUUGUAGUACGGCAAUGUUAGUAACUGGGAUUUUAAAGGUGAGGCUCUUCAAGGCAGGAAACAGGUGCGACCAAAACGCCAGUACUAGGAGGUCAAGUCUUAGUUAGUAGAAGAAGACGAAGGACCCUAGAAUGGGGAGGUUUACUGUGUUCAGAAGACCAGACAGCAGUCAAUAAGCCUCUUAUUCCAGUGGCCAUAUCUUCCUAUUCUGAACUACAGUGCGUGACCGAUUUCAUGAAAUGUAGGCCAAAAUUCUGGAAUGCGUUUCCGAUUAGAAAGGAUUACUUAAAUGGGGUUGCUUGAUUAUCAUGCAGCAUAACCCUAUAACAUUUCGGACUGGCCAGGAUGCCGGCUUUCGAAUGCACUUCUUUUUGACCUCCUACAGAAACGUGGCUCGGUAAAAAAAUGACUACUUAAGUAGCAUGCAUUUUUCCUAUGGAUUUUCGAUGGUCUUAUAAAUUCAAAUAUAUUUUACAGAAAACACGCGCAAAAUAUGAUUUAUUUUGCUCAUUUUGAAGGAAAUCACAUUGUCUUCAUAUUUUAUGCCCGAAAAAUUGUGAAUUUAGGUUUUAAAAAAAGUUUCCCAAUUCCCGAAUAAUGUUCAGCCUGAUGUGCCAUUGCAUCAGCGUUUAGCAAUUUCAGUCUACAAGGUGCAUGCUUUCCGCGUAAGGAAAAUCAUAUAUUCCUUUAUGUCUUCAAGAAGAGACCACAUAGAGUUCAUGAAAUUUUGCAAUGGAUCCGGACUGUCUUGUAUAUUUUAUGAGGAGCAUUAAUAAAAGGACAUGUGUGGUCUUACAUGCAUAGACAUCGCGCGGUCUUAAGAAGCUCAUAAUUAGAAGCUUUUUUAAAACCUAAAUUCACACUUUUCGGGCAUAAAUUAUGAAGACAAUGUGAUUUCCUUCCAAAUGAACAAAAUAAAGCAUAUUUUGCGCGUGUUUUCUGUAAAAUAUAUUUGAAUUUGUAAGACCAUCGAAAAUCCAUAGGAAAAACGCAUGCUACUUAAGUAGUCAUUUUUUACCGAGCGUGGUUUCUGUAGGAGGUCAAAAAGAAGUGCAUUCGAAAGCCGGCAUCCUGACCAGUCCGAAAUGUUAUAGGGUUAUGCUGCAUGAUAAUCAGUAUAGCAACCCCAUUUAAGUAAUCCUUCCUAAUCGGAAACGCAUUCCAGAAUUUUGGCCUACCUUUCAUGAAAUCGGUCACGCACAGUACUUCAUGGAACUCGCCACUUCGCGUCUAUCUCCACGGCAGUGGCCGUUAACGAGGCCCUGGCAUAUGUUGACAGUGUCAGGUCAUACCUGAUAGACAGGGCUAGCGCCUGUGGUAACUGCUAGUUUUAUCGGUUCGUAGAGGUAAUUUAAAAUGUCUUGUGUUCAAGUUGUGUGCUGUGCGAUACGGGGUAGGCACGACCCUGGAGUGCUUCACUCGGUCAGACUGGAGUAAGAUCAGUGCGUCUGGAACCGCUCGCAGGGAUGGGGACCAAGCCUGACACAGCAGAGCGUUCAACAAACAUCUGUUAGGAGGGGCUGGAGCAUGACGCACCAAACCGGAGGACAGUGACAAACGGCAAAUUGGAUCAGGAUGGUGGCAUGACUUUACAGAAAGUUGAAGCAGUUUAAAGCAGGUGCACACAGGAGAAUUUACUGAUAACAACAACGUCACAAAGGUAGUUUAUUGUUUCGGCUACGAGUACAUUAGUAAACUGUGAUGCUACGUCUAAUGAUAGCAUCCUCCGUCCGUCAACGUUAAUAUCCUUGAUCGCCCCGACUAACUCGAAGGAGCCCUUCGAACUUAUAGGGCACGGAUGACUUUGUAGCGGUUUAAGCUUUUCGACUUGUCAUUUUGCUAUGGUGUGAUAGGGCGAAUUCCUCAUAUCCAGGAUUGGGCAUGGGGGUAGCCCGUGUUUGGGAGGCCGUACAUUCUGGGUAUGGCCGUGCCUACUGGUCUUAGUCGCUCAGAUUCUUUGUCAGAAAAAUGACCUUCUUUGUGAAGAACUUUGAGAACCGCCGUCAGCUGACACGGUGCACACAAAACGUCCAGUUUCUUUGCAAUGGUCAGCUGUACAGGCAAAUAGACGCCGUAAGGAUGGGCUCACCGCUCGGCCCGUUCCUCGCAAAUGUCUUCAUGGGCAAAGUCGAGAUGACAAGUUUACAAGACACUAUUAAUGACCUCAACUUCUACGGUCGGUACAUGGACGAUAUUUUCUGCCUGACGGAUGUUACCACCGACACAGACGCCCUGGUUCAAAUAUUCGACAAUGCACACCCCUCGCUAACGUUCUCUGCAGAGUUUGAGGUAUACAACGAAAUCGCGUUCUUCGAUGUUCUUCUGCACAGACAAGAGGAUGGAUCUAUCUAGCGUAGGGUAUUCCGAAAGAAAACCUGGACGGGACAAUACAUUAAUUUUCACAGUUUUAUUCCCCUAAAUAUUAAACGCAAUUUGGUCCAGAGAUUGGCAGCUAGAGUGCGACGUAUCUGCUCUCCUGAGACUGUUGGGGGAGAACUCCAGCAGCUGCGGGAUGUACCCCACGAAAACAGAUACCCAGAAGGAUUUAUCCUCCGAAAUAUAGGGGAGCGCACGGCAAAGCCCACAUUAGCAACUGCAGGAAAGAAAGACUUAUUUAUAAGACCGCCUUUUCAGGGGGACGCAGCAAGUGACCUAGUAAGAAGACGUCUGAAGACAGCGAUCACUAGCGCUUUCCCGCAGCGAAUUUACGUGUAUGUUUCACGAAUCCUCCCCUCCUACGCUUGGGAGGUAAAGACCGACUCCCUUUGCAGGCCAUAUCGAUUUGUGUUUACUCAUUCACUGGCUCCUGUGGAGCGGGAUACAUUGACCGUACAAAGAGGUGCAUGGAAAAGAUAGUACGUGAACACAUAUCGGCCUGGCUAGGCAGAGGUGAAAAGAAAUCGAUCUCGAGUUCUGUUCUCGCACAUCUUGUCGAUACGAAUCAGCGAGUCGAUGCCAAAGAAGCCUUUCAGGUUGUCUACCGGACACCAGCAAGCUUCUUCAGAGGCCUACGCCAACGGGUGCUAGCUACAGCCGAGACAGUGGCUAUACGGCUAGCCAAUCCAGUGCUAUGUUGUCAGAAGAUGCUGACACAGGCGUUCUGUCUUCCGUGGCUAACGCCGACCCCAGAUGAUGAUUGCACGUCGCUCCAACCUCCUGAUGGUAGUGGUGUGUGUACAACGUAACCGACGUACAAACAUUACUCACAGCCUAUGUCCCCCCUCCCCCUCGCCCCCUUGACCCAAUGACCACGACACGCCGACCACGCCAUAGCACGCCUCGCCAUGCGAGUAGCGUGGGAACGAUGAGUGUUAAUAACCCCUGGAUCACUUAUAAACCCUGUAACUUCGCAUAAUUUUAACUUCAUUGUAACUGUUUUGGCCUGCUGACGAGUUACCGAAAACAGGUGUUUGCCACAUUGACUUUUCAAUCUGGUAUCGCUUUAAACGAAUUCACGCGCAAGUCACCGUGCCUGUUGCAGGUGACUGUGCAGCACACUGUAGACGUCGUCUGAAUCGACGGUCAAACUGUCGGGACUCCUUUCCAUAGCCUGGAGUUGUCCGAAAGUCGCCAGUGUUGCUUAGAUGCUCGCUAGCGGAGCCAAACGCAUCCGAUAGCAGAGAUAGAGAGAGAGGGGGGGGAGCAGGGAGAGAGAGUGAGUUGAGAUUAGUCAGAACGAGGUCCGCGGUAGUAGGUGCUUGAUAGUUGAGUCUAAGGUAGGUAUCUGGGUCAUCAACAUGCGCCAGACAGAUGGUCCAGACAGACAGACAUACGUGUGUUGACAGUAAUCGCCCGGUAAAUUCUAUUGGUGUAUCAGUUACUGCCACAACUGUCCACAUCUAUAACCCGUUUUCGCCCUGGGCUGACAUUAGUGUUUGGUGCAAACCGCAGACCUGGGGAUGACAAAAUAACACUCCCAGGGUGAUAGGUAGGUGAGACGCCGGCACACAGUCUGUGUUUGUUAGAGGGCACCACAAAUGUAGACAGAAGUUACAAAUUGGCACCACUCCAUCCAACCGCAUCAAGAUGUUUUCGCCUUCCGUUUAACGGCAGCCAAGAGGACAGCCAAAAACAAAAAUACCUAUUUUGCAGAGACGUUAAGUGGAUGAGGGUAUGGCAUAUAGCCCCCCUGAGCGGCAGUUUAAGCGUCUACCUUCUUAUCUUCUUUGAGUAGGUGUGGUCAUAACGGUUUGCCUAGUAGUAGGUCGCGAAUGGGGUCUGUCAAUACGCGGAUUUUGACCUUCAUCAGUGGUAUUGACGUUUAAAUUACCCGGAUCGGGCUCAAGGUCAGGGCUAGUGUUAGGAUUUGGAUUAUUCUUGGGACUAGGGUUGCUAGGUCUUGGUUAUGUUUUGGAUUCGGGAUUGAAGCUAGGGUUGGGGCUUUUGGUUUACGGUCAAGGUUUUAGGAUUCGGACUGGUAUUCGAGUUAUGGUUCUAAGGCUUGGGUUAGGGUUACGUUCGAGUUUUUCUUAAAAGCUUGCGGGUUAAUGGUUCAGGCUAACCAUUGCAGACAUCGGCACGGCUGGUGCUAGGGUUGUAGUUAACUGCAAUUUUUCCGGUUGGUUUACAUACCAUACCUUGCCAUUAAGUCUUAUGUGAAAAAUCUUAAGCCAAAUAGAACGCUUGUUCUCAUCCAUUUCACUGGGGAUCUUCAGCUGACCCUAAUGUGUAACCUUCUGGUACGACAAAGAUCGCGAUCACGGCCUGUGGGGGCUCAAGCGAUGUACUGAAACCCUACAACAGCUGUCCACAAGUGUUGCACUGUGUUACCGUCUGAGAAUGGACGAAUGCACGCCGAGCUUGCACGUCAGGAUCGAUCACUAGUUGACCGACAGUCGGAUGACCAUGAGAUCGUGCUGAACCACCACUGAUUUACGACAAGUGCGCAAUUCCAGCAGCAUAACAUACAGCUUUCUGUGGAUUCUGGCACGAAAAAUGUGCCUCUGUCAACUUUUCCUUCUUCCGAGCAUCAUUUGUGACAUAGUUUUAAUGAUGAGUAAUCCUUAAAACCCCCAGUAUGAUUCCUGCUGUAUUUACUUGCCUUUUUUCGAAUUUCAGGUGCCACAAUGCCACAACGAUAAGCGUGUAAGCAUGCACUGUCCUCUCUGCUGGUACAGACAAUGCCUGAUUUUAUAUUGACCCAACUGUGAAAAACUCGGCGCCUCGGUGAGAUUCGAACCCACGCAGUAUGGAGGAGGCUUUAGCGCAGCCAACGCUCUAACCACCUGAGCUACGAGGUCCCGCCGGACGACGCGAGUUUAAUCACAUUUGGGUCAAGUUACCCGCCCAACCUACUGCAACGUCUGGAAUCCACCAAAUCUGAUACAGUAAGUUGACUGCCCAAGCAGGAUUUCCUAAGCAAUUCACCUAGAAUCCACCAGAUGACUACCAGCCUCAAAUAAUUGAUUGGCAUUUUGGCAGAUUUUGCAUAAUUCACAAUGACCCAACUGUGAAAAACUCGGCGCGGGUAACUUGACCCAAAUGUGAUUAAACUCGCGUCGUCCGGCGGGGCCUCGUAGCUCAGGUGGUUAGAGCGUUGGCUGCGCUAAAGCCUCCCCCUUACUGCGUGGGUUCGAAUCCCACCGAGGCGCCGAGUUUUUCACAGUUGGGUCAAUAUUAAUUAUUCAAAAUCUGCCAAAAUACCAAUCAAAUGCCUGAUUUAAUGUUCGCGUGUACAUCCACUAGUAAGGCUAUCUGUCAAGGUUAUUGCUUGCAACACGAGCAAUAUUUGCGAACAGGACCUUUGGUGGCGCCUGUCGCGACGCUGCGCCUUUCGCGAAUGUCUGCACGUGCGCACCGGGAUUGUCUGGCAUUCGCGCACUCGGCUUUCCAGCUGACCAAUCAGAUUCAAGGCCGAUUCAGACGUGCCCUGGCCUAAGACGCUCUGACGCAUCCCCUGACAGGGACACUUUGGGACGCCGCUCUCCCCAGCUGCUAACUCUUUUCAAUCCCUUCUCCAGUUGUUCUGUACACAAUACACAAUCCUCCCAACCGGCGUCCAAUUUCUUUUUCCAUUUGGGACCGGGCCUGAAGGUCGUGCUAGCCAGGGUCUCUCUCUCGGCUUAGGCUUCUGCGAUAGACCUUCCAACUCUUCCACACUGACAGUCUGAUCACAAGCGACGACCUCUAUCGCCUGCCCUAGUUGCGCAGCGUCUACCACAUUCUCUCCUCCCUCACCAACACUGCGCUAAUGAAAUGACAAGUUCAAAACGACCGGAGGUGUGUGCGGUGGGUACAAUGACUGACGAAGCUAAACAGCCCAUCUACGCGUGCGACACGCGACCUGGUCCCACAACAUGUGCCGGGCUUCUGUGAGGACGGUUCGAAUCCCACAUGGGCGAGAUGCCGUAAGAGCCACAGUAGGAAAGAGCCAUUGCAACCUGAAUCGAAAUCCUAGGGGGGAGGACUGAAUUAUUCCCUCAGUUGGCAACGCUCCAAAUAGCAAAUCUUAGCGCCUCGUGGUAGGUUCAAGCGUGACAGAUGUGCUGUAGUGGAAACUGCGCUGAUGUGUCGCGAGGAUCGAGUUGUGGAAGUGCGAUGGGUCGAAAAACGAGGAUUCCCAAAUCACAAGUCAGGGAGAACAUAAUAACAUACUGCCUAUAUCAUGCGCCGCUGUGCGGCUGCUGGUUGGGCUCGAGAGAGAGCCCAUAAGGCACAACGGAACGAGUGAGUUCCGUAAGAACGAUCGGUGAACGCCCCCUAACAUUGUAUAUUCCCGAUCGAAACCGACAGGGCAACGGGUUCGUCGCCCAGCGGUUAGAGGCGUGGACUUCUAACUAACAGGUCGCUAGUUCGAGCCUCGGGUGUUCCACAGUUCGGGGUUAGGUAUGACUGGCUGAUGACGGCUAAUAAGCCAAAAAUGGCCAUUCCAGUCUCCCUUGUCUUUGUCGGUAAUGCCGAUAAUAAUAAUGUAAGUUGCUGCAAAGUGCCUACUAUUGGCCGCCGUUCGAGUGGGUCCAUUAAUGACUCGUCGUGGGUGUUGAAAUACGUUAGGCCUCGCAGUGAUGCCGGCACUGGGCAAUAAAGCAGUACCGACGUCCUUCCCAUAAGGACAUACUAGGUAUCCCCCUCGCAUUCCAAAAUCGCUGCUAACUCGCGUUAUAUUUAUUGUGGAGGAUAGUGGGGCACGGGAAUAUGAACCUCCCGCAUUAUACGUGGCUUUGCCAUGAAUUGCAGGGGUUAAGGUUAAGGUUAUGCGGGAUAGCGUUAGGGCUCAGCAUAAUGGUAUUACUGGCAAAGACAAAGGAGACUGGAAUGGCUAUUUCCGGCUUAUUAGCCGUCGUCAGUCAGUUAUAUCCAACCUCAAUGUAAGGAACAUCUGGGACUCGAUCCUGCGACCUGUUAGUUAGAAGUUCAACGCCUCUAACCACUGAGCCACGCUGUUGUUGUCCUGUCGGUUACGAUCGGACAUAUACAAUGGUAGAAGGGCGCUCACCGAUAAUUUUUUACGGAACUCACUCGUUCCGUUGUGCCUUACGAGCUCUCCCUCUCAAGCCCAAUCAGCGGCCACACACCGGCGCAUCAUAUAGGCUGAAUGCUUCAUAUUGACACAACUGUGAAAAACUCGGCGCCUCGGUGGGAUUCGAACCCACGCAGUAAGGGGGAGGCUUUAGUACAGUCAACGCUCUUACCACGAUCUACGACGCCCCGCCGAACGACGCGAGUUUAAUCACAUUUGGGCCAACUUACCCGCCCAACCUAAUACAACGUCUGGAAUCCACCAAAUCUGAUACAGCAAGUUGACUGUCCAAGCAGGAUUUCCUAAGUUAUUCACCUAGAAUCCACCAGAUGACUACCAGGCGCAUGUAAUUCAUAGAUAUUUUGGUAGAUUAUGAAUAAUUCAUAUUGACCUAACAGGGAAAAACUCGGCGCCUAGGUGGGAUUCGAACCCUGGCAGUAAGGAGGCCCCGCCGGACGACGCGAGGUGAAUAACUUAGGAAAUCCUGCUUGGACAGUCAACUUGCUGUAUCAGAUUUGGUGGAUUCCAGACGUUGCAGUAGGUUGGGCGGGUAACUUGACCCAAAUGUGAUUAAACUCGCGUCGUCCGGCGGGGCCUCGUAGCUCAGGUGGUUAGAGCGUUGGCUGCGCUAAAGCCUCCCCCUUACUGCGUGGGUUCGAAUCCCACCGAGGCGCCGAGUUUUUCACAGUUGGGUCAAUAUGAAUUAUGCAAAAUAUGCCAAAAUAUCUAUGAAUAGGCAGAAUGCUAUUAGGGUGAGGACUAAGAGGCUUAGGACUAAGGGUAUUACUAUAACCGAGGAGUAGGUACCUUCUAGAAUUUGGCGCGAGGUCACCUACUGUACAGAGGUGUUCGUAUUAUCGUGUCCGACAGAGGAAGACGUCCGGUAGUCGUAGGUCCGACAGGUUUUUUACCACAGUCUACAUUUUUAUCUUUUCUUCCUGGAUAAUUUCUCCUCUACAGCUCCUGCAGUCAUCAUAAAUGAGCACUUUUCGGCGACCUUGGUUUCUUCACAUCUGGGCAACGCGGCGUAUGUCUUCUUUCGACGACACCUGACUAUCUGAUUCAUCAAGUCGAACAGUUUGUUUCAGCUACAAAGCAGGAGGAGGGAAAGAAGAAGAAGAAGAAGAAGAAGAAGAAGGAGGAGGAGGAGGAGGAGGAGGAGGAGGAGGAGGAGGAGGAGGAGGAGAGGCCUGCCUUCUUUCGCCGUCCACAUCCUUUGUAG